GAAGGACCGAGGCGGGGCGGGGCUGGCGCAGCGGGAGGACCCGGGGCCGAGGUGUGGGGCUGACCAUAGCGUGCCGGACGCCGGUGUGAAUAUACACUGUCUGCUCCUGUAGUGCCCAGGCCCGAGCGGGGGAGUCCCUGGAGCUACCAUUAUCGAGACUCUCAUUCCUAUUGCCCUGCGGCUUUAAUCCUUCGAAUGUAGGGGAAAAAUGGAACCCUAAAGACAGGCAGCUCCUAGGCACCAGCACAGGAAAUAAGCAAUGGAGGUGGGGUCCUUUGCUCGCGCCGAAAUUCAAAGGAAUAAAUAGUUCCGGCGCGGGUGUUGAGAGCGGUGCUGCAAGUGUUGUAUCCGCUAUGGUGAAGUUCGCUUCGUAGCAGCCCCGGCUAGAGAGUUGGCCUGCUCCCCGCCUUUGUGACCCGGAGGAGCUUUUGGGGUUUACAUUCCACUUAGGUGGUGUUAUUUCUGUUUCGUACAAAACUAGUUUGUGGCCUGUUUGAUUCCUGUCAGAGGUUUGCUGACCCAAGACAGUAUCGAAAAUGCAUAUUAAGUCAAUUAUUCUAGAGGGAUUCAAGUCCUAUGCUCAGAGGACCGAAGUCAAUGGUUUUGACCCCCUCUUCAAUGCUAUCACUGGCUUAAAUGGCAGUGGGAAAUCCAACAUAUUGGACUCCAUCUGUUUUUUGCUGGGCAUCUCCAACCUGUCUCAGGUUCGGGCUUCUAAUUUACAAGAUUUAGUUUACAAAAAUGGGCAGGCUGGUAUUACCAAAGCCUCUGUGUCAAUCACUUUUGAUAAUUCUGACAAAAAGCAAAGUCCUUUAGGAUUUGAGGUUCAUGACGAAAUCACAGUAACAAGGCAGGUGGUUAUUGGUGGUAGAAAUAAAUAUUUAAUCAAUGGAGUCAAUGCCAACAACACCAGAGUACAGGAUCUCUUCUGUUCUGUUGGCCUUAAUGUUAACAACCCUCACUUUCUCAUCAUGCAGGGCCGAAUUACAAAAGUAUUGAAUAUGAAACCUCCAGAGAUUUUAUCCAUGAUAGAAGAAGCAGCUGGAACCAGGAUGUAUGAAUACAAAAAAAUAGCUGCACAGAAAACUAUAGAAAAAAAGGAGGCUAAGCUGAAAGAAAUUAAGACGAUACUUGAAGAAGAGAUUACUCCAACCAUUCAAAAGUUAAAAGAGGAAAGAUCUUCCUACUUGGAGUACCAAAAAGUAAUGAGAGAAAUAGAACAUUUGAGUCGUUUAUAUAUUGCUUAUCAGUUUUUGCUGGCUGAAGAUACCAAAGUACGCUCAGCUGAGGAAUUAAAAGAAAUGCAAGAUAAAGUUAUAAAGCUUCAGGAAGAAUUGUCUGAGAAUGAUAAAAAAAUAAAAGCACUUAAUCAUGAAAUAGAAGAAUUGGAAAAAAGAAAAGAUAAGGAAAUUGGAGGUAUCCUUCGAUCUUUAGAAGAUGCUCUUGCAGAGGCUCAGCGAGUUAAUACUAAAUCUCAAAGCGCAUUUGAUCUCAAGAAGAAAAAUCUGGCAUGUGAGGAAAGCAAACGAAAAGAGCUGGAAAAAAAUAUGGUUGAGGACUCUAAAACUUUAGCAGCAAAGGAAAAAGAGGUUAAAAAGAUAACAGGUGGACUGCAUGCCCUUCAAGAAGCAAGUAAUAAAGAUGCUGAAGCUCUGGCGGCUGCACAGCAGCACUUCAAUGCUGUUUCCGCUGGCCUGUCCAGUAAUGAAGAUGGAGCAGAAGCAACUCUUGCUGGUCAAAUGAUGGCCUGUAAAAAUGAUAUAAGUAAAGCUCAGACAGAAGCCAAACAGGCUCAGAUGAAGUUGAAGCAUGCUCAACAGGAAUUAAAGAAUAAACAAGCUGAAGUUAAGAAGAUGGAUAGUGGCUACAGGAAGGAUCAAGAAGCUUUAGAAGCUGUAAAAAGACUUAAAGAAAAACUUGAAGCUGAAAUGAAAAAGCUAAAUUAUGAAGAAAAUAAAGAGGAAAGCCUUUUGGAAAAGCGCAGGCAGCUGUCUCGUGAUAUUGGUAGAUUGAAAGAAACAUAUGAAGCCCUAUUAGCCAGAUUUCCCAAUCUUCGAUUUGCAUACAAGGAUCCAGAGAAGAACUGGAAUAGAAAUUGUGUGAAAGGACUUGUGGCUUCUCUGAUUAGUGUGAAAGAUACUUCUGCGACCACAGCUUUAGAAUUAGUGGCUGGAGAACGACUCUACAAUGUUGUUGUGGACACAGAAGUUACUGGUAAAAAGCUACUAGAAAGAGGGGAACUGAAACGUCGAUACACUAUAAUUCCACUCAAUAAAAUUUCAGCCAGAUGUAUUGCACCAGAAACUCUGAGAGUUGCUCAGAAUCUUGUUGGCCCUGACAACGUUCAUGUGGCUCUAUCCCUGGUUGAAUAUAAACCAGAACUUCAGAAAGCAAUGGAGUUUGUCUUUGGAACAACAUUUGUUUGUGACAAUAUGGAUAAUGCCAAAAAAGUGGCCUUUGAUAAGAGGAUAAUGACUAGAACUGUAACUCUCGGAGGUGAUGUGUUUGAUCCUCAUGGAACAUUGAGUGGAGGUGCUCGAUCCCAGGCAGCUUCUAUUUUAACCAAGUUUCAAGAACUCAAAGAUGUUCAGGAUGAACUGAGAAUCAAAGAGAAUGAGCUGCGGGCUCUAGAGGAGGAAUUAGCAGGUCUUAAAAACACUGCUGAAAAGUAUCGCCAACUAAAACAACAGUGGGAGAUGAAAACUGAAGAGGCAGAUUUAUUACAAACCAAGCUCCAGCAAAGCUCAUAUCACAAGCAACAAGAAGAAUUAGAUGCCCUUAAAAAAACCAUUGAGGAAAGUGAGGAGACUUUGAAAAACACUAAAGAAAUCCAAAGAAAAGCAGAAGAAAAAUAUGAAGUUUUGGAAAAUAAAAUGAAAAAUGCAGAAGCUGAAAGAGAGCAAGAACUGAAAGAUGCUCAGAAAAAACUAGAUUGUGCCAAAACAAAGGCAGAUGCAUCUAGCAAGAAGAUGAAAGAAAAACAACAGGAAGUUGAAGCUAUCACUCUGGAACUGGAAGAGCUCAAGAGAGAGCAUACAUCUUACAAACAACAGCUUGAAGCUGUGAAUGAAGCUAUCAAAUCCUAUGAAAGUCAGAUUGAAGUAAUGGCAGCGGAGGUGGCUAAAAAUAAGGAGUCAGUAAAUAAAGCUCAAGAAGAGGUGACUAAGCAAAAAGAGGUGAUAAUAGCCCAAGACACUGUAAUUAAAGCUAAAUAUGCAGAAGUGGCAAAACACAAGGAGCAAAACAAUGAUUCUCAGCUUAAAAUUAAGGAAUUAGACCACAACAUCAGCAAACAUAAACGGGAGGCUGAAGAUGGUGCUGCAAAGGUAUCCAAAAUGUUGAAAGAUUAUGACUGGAUUAAUGCAGAGAGACACCUCUUUGGCCAACCUAAUAGUGCCUAUGAUUUCAAAACUAACAACCCUAAAGAAGCUGGUCAGAGACUUCAGAAGUUGCAAGAAAUGAAGGAGAAACUAGGAAGAAAUGUCAAUAUGAGAGCUAUGAAUGUACUGACAGAAGCUGAAGAGCGAUAUAAUGACUUGAUGAAGAAGAAGAGAAUUGUAGAAAAUGACAAAUCCAAAAUUCUUACAACUAUAGAAGACCUUGACCAGAAGAAAAACCAAGCCCUAAAUAUUGCAUGGCAAAAGGUGAACAAGGACUUUGGGUCUAUUUUUUCUACUCUUUUACCUGGUGCUAAUGCUAUGCUUGCACCACCAGAGGGUCAAACUGUUUUGGAUGGUCUGGAGUUCAAGGUUGCCUUAGGAAAUACCUGGAAAGAAAACCUAACUGAACUUAGUGGUGGUCAGAGGUCUUUAGUGGCCUUGUCAUUAAUACUGUCCAUGCUCCUCUUCAAACCUGCUCCAAUUUAUAUCCUUGAUGAGGUAGAUGCAGCCUUGGAUCUUUCUCAUACCCAAAACAUUGGACAGAUGCUGCGUACUCACUUCACACAUUCUCAGUUCAUUGUGGUGUCACUAAAAGAAGGUAUGUUCAACAAUGCAAACGUUCUUUUCAAAACCAAGUUUGUGGAUGGUGUUUCUACGGUAGCCAGAUUUACUCAAUGUCAAAAUGGAAAGAUUUCAAAGGAAGCAAAAUCCAAGGCAAAACCACCCAAAGGAGCACAUGUGGAAGUUUAAACUACAAAUUUAUUUCUUCAUCUUGACCUACUUUUUUAAACAUAAAUUUUAAGGACUUGAGAUAACUAAUUUGUUUAUAUAAAAAAAAUUAAUGUUACUUAACCCAUGUUUUCUCUUUAUAUAAUCACUUAUCACUUACAAAUGAGCAUAUAUUCCUCAUCUCUUAACUAGUCUAAUUAUGGUCCAAUUAUUGUGGUUGUGAUUUUAUGCAUAUCAUCAAAUGUUUUUUUCUUAUGCAGGUCUUUUAUAUAUUAGGGAUCCUGAGAUACCUGAUUCCAUGUGUAAAAGCUAAUAUACAAAAAAGCAGAUUAAAUUACAUGAUAAAUGUA